UUUUGCUUGCUUGCCCAGAAAGUCGCCGAGAAAGUUAGAAGUAGAACGGCGGAGGAAAAGAGCAAGAGGAAAGAAAGAAAAAAAUGGAAUCGCAGAAGAAGAUAGCGCAUGAGAUCGGAGGUAUGAAGAACGAUGCUCUACGCUUUGGUCUUCACGGCGUUAAGAGCGAUAUCAUUGGAUCUCAUCCUCUCGAAUCAGCUUACGAAUCUGGAAAGCAAUCACAAGAAGAAAUGAAGAGGAAAGUGAUUACACAUACAUAUGGAGCUGCUCUUCCUUUGAAGAUGGAUUUUGAUAGGCAAAUCCUUUCUAGAUUUCAGAGACCUCCUGGAGCAAUUCCUUCUUCAAUGCUUGGCCUUGAAGUCUACACGGGAGCUAUAGAUGCUUUUGGUUUUGAGGAUUACUUGAAUGAUCCUCGUGAAUCCGAGACGCUCAAACCUGUAGAUUUUCACCACGGGAUGGAAGUUCGGCUCGGUCUAUCCAAAGGCCCAGCUUCCCCAAGCUUCAUGUAGAGAGGGAGAGUCAAAACAAUGUUUUAGUCAGUCACACCAUCAAAGUACUUUCAUCUUCAGGGUCGCAUACAUAUGCUUCAAAAUCCUCAAUCUUAGUAAGAUCAUGUUAUGAAUUCCCAAUUAUCUUAAAAGCCUAAGAAAAUGUGGUUCAGUUUCAUUUUUUUUUCAUUUAAGCUAUGGUUUGUUUAUGUUGCUGACACCAAACUUUGGAUUCUUAGAUUUUGUUCCAUUAAAUAAAUUGCUAAUUGCUAA